AUGAAGUUCUUCGUGUGCAUUUUGGCCUUGGUGGCCGUGGCUCAGGCUGGCCUUCUGCCCCAUGUGGAUCAUCAUCAUGGCUAUCACCAUGCGGAUCUGCCUCAUUUGGUGGAUGCCGAGAUCCAUCAUUCGGAUGGCAUUCAUCUGGGACAUAGUGCUGCCAUUGUGCAUCAUGAUGAUCACCAUUUGGAUCACCAUUUCGAUCAUCAUCUGGAAUCGCUGCCCACGACUGUGUACCAUCAUGAGGAGCUGCCACAUCACUAUCACUAUGCUCGUUAUCACACUGCUCCCGUGGUGCACCACCAUCAUCAUGACACCCAUGCCGCCAUUGUGCACCACAAGACGGUGGUGCCAGCUCACCUGGAUGUCCACAGUCAUUCGAACCUCUUGUCCUUUGCCAAACAUGCCCUCCAUGGCAAGUAUGGUAAGGUCAGGAUCACCGAGACCCAUUAUUGA